CAAAUUAAACCCUUGUAGUCCCUCUCUCUCUCACUCUCACAAAGUUGUCAAAGACUCCAACUUUAACUCGAAUCGUGCUCAGGAACUUGGAAUUUGAGGUUCCCUUCUCAGGGAGUUCCUCUUAUUAACCUAAAACCCAAUUCGAAUCCUUUGUUUGAUCAAUCAAUUACCGCUCGAUUGACGUGUCUGUAGACUUGAAGCAAGCUAUGUUUUGAUCUCUUCCAAUGGCGGCAGUGACUCUAUCACCCUGUAGCAUGUGUUGUGGUAGUAGAAGAUUGCGUAGUGUCAUUGUAAUCCAAGCUCAGAGAGGAAACUGGAACAGAAUCAGGUUGAGUAAUUUCUUCUUCUCCAAAGUCUGGAACAUAUCUUAUCGUUCAAAGCAUAAAUAUUCUGACAAUCUUCUUGAGCAAGUUGAGAAGUAUGCCUCUGCUCGGCUCGAGAAUCAGUCCAAGUUGAUUACUAAGGUUGCAGCUUUGAUGGAGUGUGAUAAUGUUGAUGAUUUUAUUGAUAAGAAAUCUGAUGAACAAGUUAAGAAAGAUCUUGUUUUGGCGUGUAAGAGAUUCCCUUCUAUCAUUCUUGGUGAUUCUCGUCCCGUGGAAUUAUACUCCAAUAGCAAAUCUUACGGUGAAUCAAGUAGCAUUCUUAAAACGCCAACUGAUAACAGUUUCCUUCCUACUCCUAUGCAUGGAGGAUGGUUUGAUCCGGAUAAUCUUUCGAGAACAUUAUCUUCCUUCUGUCCUGAGCUUUUACAGAAUGAUGAUUCUUCUGAUCCAAGAGAAGAUAUAUUAGAUGAUGGUUCUUCUUUUACGAGCAAAACUGCUACUUCUGAAGUUGAAGCAACGUCUGAUGAUGUUUUUGCCGCUCAGCGAUUUCUUGCUACUAGUAUAGAUUCUAUGCCUGGGUUAAGUAAGAGGCACAGUAAUCAGCUAGACAGCUGUGGUUUUCACACGAUGAAGAAAUUAUUGCAUCAUUUUCCUCGAACCUAUGCAGAUUUGCAGAAUGCACAGGUUGAUAUUGAGGAUGGACAGUAUUUGAUAUUUGUUGGGAAAGUCUUGUCUUCAAAGGGAGUUAGAGCUAGCUCUUCAUUUUCAUUUCUCGAGGUUAUUGUCAGCUGUGAAGUCUCAGGCAGAGACAGAACUCCGGAGGAUCUGAGUCAUAAUGCUGAAGAUAAAGCAGGAAAAUCAAUAUUUUUGCAUCUGAAGAAGUUUUUUAGGGGGACUCGCUUCACCUGGCAACCCUUUCUUAAUUCUAUUCAAGAGAAACAUAAAGUCGGGGACCUUGUAUGCAUUAGUGGGAAGGUAAAGUCAUUGCGUGCAGAAGAUCAUUUUGAAAUGAGGGAAUACAAUAUAGAUGUACUCAAAGAUGAAGAAGAAUCAUCUCAUCGAGCCCAGGGGAGACCAUAUCCUAUAUAUCCUUCAAAAGGAGGGUUGAACCCAAAGUUCCUUAGCGAUGUCAUCUCCAGGGCUCUGCGGGUUCUCCCCGCCAAUAUGGAUCCGAUUCCUAAGGAAAUUACUAAAGUGUUUGGCCUACCAUCUCUUAAUGAUGCCUACGUUGGCAUUCACGAGCCCAAGACUUUAGAUGAGGCUGAUUUAGCUCGCAAAAGGCUAAUAUUUGACGAAUUCUUUUACCUACAGUUGGCACGCUUGUACCAAAUGCUUCAAAGCCUUGGCACAAAAAUAGAGAAAGAUGUAUUGCUGGAAAAGUUUAGAAAGCCAGUACUUAAUUCCGUUUAUAUUGAAGAAUGGUCCACUCUCACGAAGAGUUUUCUGAAAGCUCUACCAUAUUCCCUUACUCCUAGCCAGCUAAGCGCUGUCUCAGAAAUAAUAUGGGAUCUAAAGCGUCCGGUUCCAAUGAAUCGGCUUUUGCAGGGUGAUGUUGGAUGUGGCAAAACAGUGGUUGCUUUCUUAGCGUGUAUGGAGGUCAUAGGAUCUGGUUACCAGGCAGCUUUCAUGGCCCCCACAGAAUUACUUGCCAUCCAGCAUUAUGAACAGUGUCGUGAUCUGUUGGAGAAUAUGGAAGGGGUAAGCUCCAAGCCAACCAUUGGGUUGCUCACAGGUUCAACCCCGGCAAAGCAGUCACGUAUGAUUCGCCAGGAUCUUCAAAGUGGAGCUAUAUCGUUUAUAAUUGGAACUCACAGUCUGAUAGCUGAAAAGAUAGAGUACUCUGCAUUACGUAUUGCCGUAGUUGAUGAGCAGCAACGGUUUGGUGUAAUCCAGAGAGGAAAGUUUAACAGCAAGUUAUAUGGAACAUCUAUGAUAUCAAAAAGUGGCUCAUCUGACUCUGAUGAUACUUCUAAAGCUGAUCUCAGUAUGGCUCCUCAUGUUCUUGCCAUGUCAGCCACCCCUAUCCCGAGAUCACUUGCCUUAGCGUUAUACGGAGAUAUAUCUUUGACCCAAAUUACUGGUAUGCCACUUGGAAGAAUACCAGUUGAGACGCACAUUUUUGAAGGAAAUGAGACUGGCAUCAAAGAAGUCUACUCAAUGAUGCUGGAAGACCUGAAGUCUGGAGGCAGAGUAUACGUUGUGUAUCCUGUUAUUGACCAAUCAGAGCAACUGCCACAGCUCCGUGCUGCCUCUGCUGAGCUCGAAAUAGUAACCAAAAAAUUUCCAAAGUACAAUUGCGGACUGUUACACGGGAGGAUGAAGAGUGACGACAAAGAAGAGGCUCUAAACAAAUUCAGAAGUGGAGAAACACAGAUACUUCUGUCCACCCAGGUGAUAGAGAUAGGUGUUGAUGUUCCAGACGCAUCAAUGAUGGUUGUAAUGAAUGCUGAAAGAUUUGGAAUCGCUCAGUUACACCAACUCCGAGGACGUGUUGGGCGAGGAACCAGAAAAUCCAAGUGCUUAUUAGUUGGGUCAAGUACCAAUAGCCUAAAACGGUUGAACAUGUUGGGGAAAUCAUCAGAUGGGUUUUACUUGGCAAACAUAGACCUUCUUCUACGUGGACCUGGUGAUUUGCUUGGGAAGAAACAGUCUGGGCACUUGCCAGAGUUCCCGGUCGCUAGGCUAGAAAUAGACGGCAAUAUGUUGCAGGAAGCCCACAUCGCCGCUUUGAACGUUCUAGGAGAUUCUCAUGACCUGGAGAAGUUUCCAGCGCUGAAAGCUGAGCUUAGCAUGAGACAGCCACUUUGUCUUCUGGGCGACUAAGAAAGGUUGCACAGGCCAAUGUACAUAGUACAUACUUGGUAUGUCCGUUAAGUAAUUUGGUACUAUGACAUGUUGUAGUAGUAGUAUAGUCUUUUGGUGUUCAAAUUCAUCAGGUGAAGCCUAUGUGGCCAUAAUAGCAUAGAUCCAACAUGUUUGGUGUCGUCUACGCUUUAAGUUUUAUGUCCAACAAGAGACCCAUUCAUGUAUGACUUGGCAUUGAUGCCUUUGAAUAGGACGUGAACUAAUGGGAUCUACAAAAGCAGAAAAAUUAGUGGUAGCUUUAUGCUUCUUACUAAGUUUAUAGAAGAGUUUUGUGGAGUGUGAAGUAAUAUAGAAAGUGGUAAUAGAGGAAUAAGGAAUGGCGAGUGACCGACCCACAGGAGUUUCUUUUUUUGUGUAGCAACCAAUGAGGAGAUUGAUUCACGAUGGGAGGGACAAAGAGACAAGUGGUGGCCCACUAAAUGUUUCCUACCCAAUCAUCAAACAGUGGACCCACUAACCUCCUUGUCUCCUCCUUUGUUCUUUCUCUUCCAUAUUGAAACUUGUAGUGUUGGCAACUUGUUCCACAUCUCAUUGACACUGCUUGUGCCUUAAUCAUUCUUCUGCGUCUUCGUUGUGUGUGUCUUAACACUCCAUUGUAGCUAAAUCUAGAGAUUGUAUCGAGUUUAUAAGGGAUCAAACAUAUAUUUGUAUAAUCAAGGAUCAUGUUUGAGAUUGAACCAUAUACAAAAUAUUCACAUGUUUUUGGUGUCUUUUUGUUGUUAUAGGUGUAAUAAUUGGUGUUGG